GUUUCCGCUUCCCUCACAGGCGCUGAGAGAGAGGGAGUGAGGCUGUGUCUCCGUCCCACCACUCUGCCGUAGCCGUCGCCUCCAAGGCAGCCAUGUGGCCCCCGGACCCCGAUCCGGAUCUGGACCCGGACACCCAGGCGGACAGCGGCUCCCGGCCAGGGGCCGCGCUGCCCGCACUGCGCGCCCUGCUGCCGCCGCGCGCGUUCCUCUGCUCGCGCAAAGGCCGCCUCCUGCUGGCCGAGUCGGGUCUCUCGUUCAUCACCCUCAUCUGCUAUGUGGCAUCUUCCGCAUCUGCCUUUUUCACGGCGCCUCUGCUGGAGUUCCUGCUGGCCCUCUACUUUCUGUUUGCUGAUGCCAUGCAGCUGAAGGACAAGUGGCAGGGCUUGUGCUGGCCCAUGAUGGACUUCCUGCGCUGUGUCACAGCAGCCCUCAUCUACUUUGCCAUCUCCAUCACGGCUGUCGCCAAGUACUCGGACGGGGCCUCCAAGGCGGCGGGGGUGUUUGGCUUCUUUGCCACAAUCGUGUUUGCUAUUGACUUCUACCUGAUCUUCAAUGAUGUGGCCAGGUUCCUCAAGCAAGGGGACUCUGCGGACGAGAACACGGCCCACAAGGCAGAAGGUGAAGAAGAGAAUUCUGACUCAGACUCUGACUGAGACCCUCCUGACAGUACUGUGGCCGGCCAGGGGCAAAGCUUCAACCGCUCUGCAGUGAUGGGUCGUGCGGCCAGAGCAGGCCUCCCCGCCACCCAGGUUCCACUUCCUUCCCUGAGCUGAGCACCUACAACCACACCCCUCGGCUCAGCCCUGUCAGGCGCUGUGCACAUGGGGCGUGUGUGUGUGUGUGCAAGGGUGUUCCCCAUUUCCGUCCCACAGGCCCAGCACUUUUUACAGUCUCUGCUAAACUCUGGUCCAAGGAGCCCAUGCAGAUGGCUCCCCCCUCUGGCCACCAUGGUGAGCAGUGUCCACACAUGGUGCCCCUGCUUUUGCCAGGAGCUCAGUGGAGACUGACCCUGCCCGGGACCUUUAUGCUCCAGGAUUGGGUCCUUCUGUCCUUGUAGCAGGGAGAGAACUGACUUUGGCCUUGGUCAUCUGGGCACCCACAACUGACACCUGUUACCCCACCCUGAGCCAGAGACUUCCUGAGGACUUAGCACGGACAGUUUCAUGAUGGGUUGCUGGGCAGGCCCAGCCACACCCCUUCUCCUGGGAGCUGGUUCUUAGGACCCCUGGAGAAAUUCCAGACACCAAAGUAGAUCUGCUGACCUUGCCUCCCGGGAGAGGACACACACCUUGUGUGUGCAAGGUCUUGCACUGUGUCCACAUCUUUGAUGGGACUUUGUAACUUUUUAUAAUUUUUUAUACAUGUAUGCAAAAGCCGUUUUACCAAAGGUAUUUUCUGAGAUCUGUGAGGCUAUAUGAGUGGUGGACAUUUGUAUCCUUGGAAUUUUGCAUGAGGCUCUCCCACCCUGAAACAAAGCCGGAAUGAAUUAAAGCAGCCCCACAG